AACCCUUCUUCUUCCCAAUAUUGUCACCUCCCAUUACCGUAUCUUCAAGCCACAUUCAAACCUUUCUUCUAGGCAUGAAAAUUGCGCUGAAAUUUGAGACCUGAAAAUUUAAAUUUCUUCUCAGAUGAUCUAUUUUUCAGCUUCCUCUCUGUUUUUUCUAGUUAUGUUUUGAUUUAAAUUGCAAGAGCAAUUGGAUUUACUCUGGGUUGUUUGUAUCUCUUUCUCAUCGUUCUUGACCUUUUGGUUUCUUGCACUUGAAAUUCAGAAGCCAUUAGCUUUUCUCUGUGGUGGGUUCUUCUGAUUUUUCAUUGUAUCUUGAUUUGAACUUCUACAGGGUUCACCAUUACUGUUACUGGUACUUUUCUCGAGUUAUUUUUUUUGUGGUUGUGUUGAGUCGAACCCCUGAAAGACAAUGGGAACGUUAGCGCCUGGAAUUCUAUUGAAGCUUCUCAGUGGGAUGAAUUCAGGGGUGAAGCCGACAAGUGAGCAUCGGAGCUCACUUUUACAAGUGACGGACAUUGUCCCCGCAGAUCUUGAUGAAAAGAGUCUAUGGCCAAAGCACGGAUUCUACAUAAAGGUGUCUGAUUCUUCUCACUCGAUCUAUGUUAGUCUACCUUUUGAACAAGAUGAUCUUGUUUUCAGCAACAAAAUGCAGCUGGGACAGUUCAUAUACGUCGAGAGAUUGGAGCCUGGAUCCCCUGUUCCAGUCGUUAAGGGAGCGAAACCACUCCCUGGGAGACACCCAUUAGUCGGAACGCCAGAACCGCUAAUGGGGUUGAGAGAAAAGGGAGAGAAAAGUGAGCAGAGAGUCAAUUCAAAACACUCUGCUCAUAGAAGAGGUUCUUGGGGAACAGGGCAAAAUGGAACAGAUUCGCCUAUGGCCUUGAAGCCAGUUCCUUUGGAUUUUGAUCAGUGUACACCAAUAAAACAGAGGCCUACUUCGGUUAGAAUUGGGGGUAAUCUUCCAAUGUCACCAAUGAUAAGAGGGAGAAUGGUGAAGGAUGGAAGUUCAAGUGGAGUUAGGUCUUCGGUUGGUGGCGCUCUGUUGUCUAAAAUGGUGGACUUGAAAGGGGAAAGCCCUGCAUUGUUGAGGAAAAGUUGUGUUACCCCCUCUAUUACAAAAUUUCCAAGGAGCAAGAGCGUCUGUGACAGAGAGGCUAGGAUCCCCAGAAGUCCCUUCAACUUAGCUGAGAAGAAAAGUUCGACUCCGCCCCCGAGUUUAAGGAAUGCCAGAUUAGCAGCUGCUCUCAAUGCUGGUGGAGAUGCACAGAACCACACAAACUCAAACAUCACUUCACAACCACAAUCUCAGUCUGGUGAAUUAGCCUCCAACGACACCAGUCUGCUCAUGAAUUUACCCCGAAAGCUUAGCAUACUGGGGAAGGAAGCUGUGCAACAGAGAGAAACAGCACAGAGAAUUGCCCUUCAAGCACUAAGAGAUGCCUCAGCUACUGACAAUCUUGUUCGAUCACUGAAGAUUUUCUCAAACUUGAGCAAAUCAGCUAAAGCAGAUGCUCCAGCAACCUGUUUUGAUCAAUUUCUUGAGUUUCAUAGUCAAAUUGUGCAAGCAGUAUCCGAAAUGGUGUCCAUUCAAGCAGCAACUGCAGCUAGUGAAAUGGCUCAGACACCAAUAGAAACCAUGAAAAAACGGCCUGAAGAAGAUACGCCCAUCUUACAUGAAAUUGCCCAUAAUUCGAUGGACCAAAACCGAAACUCAGACUCCAAUGCCGCAUCCAAGAGAAGAACUGCACUGUACAAAUCAAUUGCAGCCAUUCCUGAAAGAAAUGAUCAUGGGUCAAUUUUGGGGAAGCAUUUGAGAUCAUCAAAUCAUAUUCAGAAGGCAUCUUCAGAGAGGAAAGGAGGCUCAACCCCACUCGGAAAAUUGCUUGCAGAGUCUACAUUUGAUAAUGAUGAAAACAAGAAACCAGCUUCUUCCUGCAGCCUAAGCAACACAAUCUUAUUGGGCAAGCAGAUCGAAACUGAAGCUGGAAACUGGUUCAUGGACUUUCUGGAGAAAGCUUUGGAAACAGGUCUGAAGAAAUCGAAAGGGAUAGUAGAAUCAGAUGCUCGAAAAGUUCCUCAAUCACUCAUAUUGAAGGUUAUCAAUUGGGUGGAGGUGGAACAGUGUGAUUCCAGUAAGCGACCGGUACAUCUCAAAGCAGCACAGGUAGCCAGAAAGUUAAGAAUUAAGAUGAAGAAUCCUUGAAUUGAGACAGCAUAGUACUGAAGUUUGAUUGUAUCAAAUUUUAUUGAUUAGUUGUAAAAUAUUGGUGGCACGUUUAUAUCUUUUUUGUGUGUGGAAUCAUGAUUCUUGUUUCAGACAUCUUGUGCUUGUACAAGUUUUUAUAUGAACAAUCUUAUUACACCCAAACAGAA